AUAAAAUGCCAUUCUAAAUUACUGCCUCAACCAGGUAGCUUCAAAAUUGUUCAAAACACCUUUUUUCGGAUCCUCAAGACGGUCAGGCCAAAAUGAAUUCCUGCUGCUGCAGAUCGCACAGCGAUCGCACGGAUCCGAUGUCCUGUCUUCCGCAGUUUCCUCGUCUCCAGCGUGUCCAAAGUUGUAGGCCCUUUUUGGAGGGUCGUAAGGCCGCCAGCUGUUGUAUCUCGAGCGAGAGGCGAUGGGGUCAGAGGAACGGGGGAAUGAUCAACUUGCUGGCCAAUAUGGUGGGCAAAUCGACCAGCACCGUCUGCCAGUUCCUUCAUCAGCUGACCUUGCAACUCUUCGCGAAAAUCCUUUAUCCCUUGAUGUUGGGUUGGAAUACCCUCAAGAUACCAUUCGUCCUGCCCGAUACGUGUGAGCUUUACUACGGGAUAUUCGACGAAUGUGGGAAUUUGAGGAAGCCCAUCCCCACGAGGACUUUGGUCAUCCUCAUCUCCAUGAUGCAGUACUUUUUAAACCUACCCAAGGGAGGCAGGCGAUGUAACAAGUGUCCAGGAUGCCGGAAUAAGGAAGAUGAUCUCAAGAAUAUUCACAAUCCUGGUUAUUGUGGCAAGGAUGCCAUGAUACCGUUCUCAGAACAUAAUGUGAUCGCAGGAAAAGCUAAAUCGCCGGCAAGCGAAGUGUGGGCAGGACUCAGGCGAUUGGGAUACGAAAGACGUGGCGAUCUAGAGAGCUAUCCCUCGGAUGAGUCUAUACCAUAUGGCUAUGCACCUGCGCGAUGUCCUUGCCAGUCUGGCUAUUAUAAUGAUCAGAGGCCCGGACGGGUGCUUACGAAUCCAUAUGCUAAUAUGUCGACGGAGAUGAAAACUUUGGCCUGUGAAGAGGAACUGCAAAGUCCCAUGUUGGCACCAGAUUGCAUCCCCAGUUCUCCAGUGGCAAACCUAUCACCCAAAGCAGCUCAACUGUACCACAUCACUCACAUCUCGGAUCUAUAUGCUGCAGUGGUACAAAACCAACAUUCAAGGAGAUUACUUGGAGACGGAAAGCCACCAAAACCAAGGGUAAGACCCUGCACUGAGAACCGACGCAGAUUCUCCGGUGGUUUCAUGAUGCCCGAACCCUAUUUUAAUGGAAUGCCCUGGAGUUGGCUACACAGAGAUCCUCAGAGAAUGGUACGAUUACCAAGUGGAGGUCUCCCAUUGGAAAUCCCUCGUUAUAGAAGACAACCCUUGGAUGCAAUACAAUACAAAUAUGAGAAUCUAAACAGACAGGUUAGCCCUUUCAAAGAAAGCAGUCUAUUGCCCAUUGAGAGUUUUCCACAAAAAAGACUUCAACCCAUUAGUUGGGAGAAAAAUAACAUGGAUCUGGAAAAACUGCCCAUAAAGCUUCCUUUUAAAGAAAAACGGAAAUUGGAGUGGGAAGAGCUCUUAUUAAGGAGAGUAAAUGAGGCUAGAAAAGCCAAAGGUGCCUUUGAUUAUUGGAGGGAGAUGAUGGAGAGAAAUCAAUUGAGAAAGACCUUCGAUCAAGGAGCAAAGGAUAUGUUGACCAUACGCAAUCCCAUAUUCCCUAUAAGAAGGGAGAGAAGCUAUUCUCCAGCGGGAAAAGAGAUUUCUAGAAUGAUAAAGGAUAGAAGUAAUAACUCCCUGAGAGCAACAUCGAAAAAGCAAAAGAAUUCUUCAGAAAAUAAAAAAGGAGCAACUCCAAAGAGAGCAUAUCGCAAACUAAAUAACGGGGAUAGAAUUAAGCCAAUUUACAGUGGACAAGAUGAUCAGCUAGUAAAGGUUCCAAUAAAGCUGGCAAAACCUAGAGAUACCAAUAACAAAUCUGUUGAUUAUGUUUUGGGAUCGGCAAAGGUAAGAAAGAAUAGUAAACAUACCUAUCCUGAUCCCGAGGAUUACAGAAGAGAAAUGUCUAGAAAUCGACGGUAUCAAAGAAAAACUGCCGGAGAAUGUCUUAUGCUUAUAAAGCCCGUAGAAAGUAUAAAACAAAAGCAUGUUAAUAUUCCAGCCGAAGGUCCAAACGAGAAAAUCAAACUUAGAAGUACAUCACCUAAAAGAUUCUUUCCUCCUGGAGGUGGAGAUCAGAUACCAAAGCAGAAUAUUAAGCUCCAAGAAGAAAUACCCAAACCUAUGGGGCUUUUCAAAGGAAAAGAUAAUACCAAAAUAAUAUUUAAACCAAGGGUAGCAAAGUCGCCGGAAAGAACUAUAAGAAAAAUUAGAUUUCAGGCAAAUGGUUUUACAGAACCACCUAGCAAUAGUAAAAGAGCUAAGUUGGAUUCUCCAGAGCGAAUUAAAAGACACAAGUCACACGGCGCAGUUCCUAGUCCUUUAAAGAUAUAUUAUGAAAAUUCCAAGAUGAAAACCAAUAAAUUCCUGGACAAAAGCUGCAAUAUCCGAACUAAAAUAUCCCAUUCAAGAGGGGAAACUACAGAUGUGGGAGAACUUAGUAACAGACGGAAGAGAAGAAAGUCAUUGGGUUACAUGUUAUAAAAGCUAUGUUCAUUUAAUCUAUACAGUGAAUCAAUAUGAGCUACGCAGUGAAUUAUUGUUAUUAUUCAAAACUAUCAAUUGUAAACAAUUCCGGGGCCUGACCGCCUAUUAAAAUUACGUUUGAAGUGUGUA